UUUGUCUCUCCGCAUGUCCCUUUUGACUGUCUCUCUGUGUCUUUUCCUUUCCGUCACUCUCGAGUCCUCCCAGCCUCUGUCUCUCACUCUCCGCGUCUCUGGAGGCCGCGCCUCAGUCCCCGCCCAGUGGCCGGCGAAGCCGGGGGCGGGCCGGGGGCGGGCCUCGCAGCACUGCCGGGUGGGGUUAAAGACCCGUGCCUAGGGACCUCGCGGUCAGAGUCGAGGUGGCGGCCCGGUCGGAUCUGGAUUGAGGGUCGGAGGCCGAGACCCGCGGGGAUGCUGCCCUUCACAGAACACCUGCUGCUCCUCCUGGGACUGGAGAAGACUGCCUUCCGCCUGUAUGCGGGCUCUGCGCUCCUCCUCUCCCUGCUCUUGGUUCUCUUCCGCCUGCUUCUGCAGUUCCUGAGGCUCUGCUGGCGCUUCUACGUCAUCUGCCGCCGGCUGCGCUGCUUCCCUCAGCCGCCCCGGCGCAACUGGCUGUUGGGCCACCUGGGCAUGUAUCUUCCCAAUGAAACGGGCCUCCAAGAUGAGAAGAAGGUGCUGGACAGCAUGCACCAUGUGGUCCUGGUGUGGGUUGGACCUGUCCUGCCACUGUUGGUUCUGGUACACCCCGACUACAUCAAGCCCUUGAUGGGUGCCUCAGCUGCCAUUGCCCCCAAGGAUGACCUUUUCUAUGGCUUUCUGAAACCUUGGCUGGGAGAUGGGCUGCUGCUCAGCAAAGGUGACAAGUGGAGCCGGCACCGCCGCCUGCUGACACCGGCCUUUCACUUUGACAUCCUGAAGCCCUACAUGAAGAUAUUCAACCAGUGCACCAACAUCAUGCAUGCUAAAUGGCGGCGCCUGGUGGAGGGCUCAAUGGUCUCCCUUGACAUGUUUGAGCAUGUCAGCCUCAUGACCCUGGACAGUCUUCAGAAAUGUGUCUUCAGCUACAAUAGCAACUGCCAGGAGAAGAUGAGUGAUUACAUCUCAGCCAUCAUCGAGCUGAGUGCGCUGGUGGUUCGACGCCAGUAUCGCCUGCACCACUACCUCGACUUCAUCUACUACCUCACAGCAGAUGGGCGGCGUUUCCGGCAGGCCUGUGACACUGUGCACUCCUUCACCACGGAAGUCAUCCAGGAGCGGCGGAAGGUGCUAAACCAGCAGGGGGCUGAGGCCUGGAUGAAGUCCAAGCAGGGCAAGACCUUGGAUUUCAUUGAUGUAUUGCUCCUGGCCAAGGAUGAAGAUGGGAAGGAACUGACAGAUGAGGACAUCCGAGCUGAGGCGGACACUUUCAUGUUUGAGGGUCAUGAUACAACGUCCAGUGGGCUCUCGUGGGUGCUGUUCAACUUGGCCAAAUACCCGGAGUACCAGGAGAAGUGCCGGGAAGAGAUCCUGGAAGUCAUGAAAGGCCGCGAGCUGGAGGAGCUGGAGUGGGAGGACCUGACCCAGCUGCCCUUCACCACAAUGUGCAUCAAGGAAAGCCUACGCCAGUUCCCACCUGUAACCCUGGUCUCCCGUCGCUGCACAGAGGACAUUAAGCUCCCAGAUGGGCGCAUCAUCCCCAAAGGAAUCAUCUGCCUGGUCAGCAUCUACGGGACCCACCACAACCCCACAGUGUGGCCUGACUCCAAGGUGUACAACCCCUAUCGUUUUGACCUGGACAAUCCACAGCAGCGCUCCCCGCUGGCCUUCGUGCCCUUCUCUGCAGGACCCAGAAACUGCAUCGGACAAAGCUUCGCCAUGGCGGAGAUGCGCGUGGUCGUGGCGCUGACGCUGCUGCGCUUCCGCCUGAGUGUGGACAGAACGCGCAAGGUGCGGCGGAAGCCGGAGCUCAUCCUGCGCACGGAGAACGGCAUUUGGCUCAACGUGGAGCCGCUGCCUCCGCGGGCCUGAGUGCAGGCGCGCCCCUGCGGAGCCGGGGGUCCAAGCCCCGCCCAGAGGCCGAGGCCCCGCCCCGAGAGACUAGGCUCCGCCCCCAAAGUACUGAGGACAUAGGUCCCUCGAAGUUCAGGCUCCUCCACUGAGCAGCUUGUAGGUGCAGGCCACGCCUCUCAAGGCCGGGCCCCGCCUCCUGAGGGUUUGAUCCCGCCCCCUGAGUGUUCAUUCCUGCCCUCUUCGUUGAGGAACCAGGUUAGGCCACGCCCCCUCUGGCUCAGACUCCGCCCCAAGCAUUCCACGGAUUCAGGUCUUCAGGCCUCACCCACCGAGUCUUCUCAGGACCUAAAACCAGACAUCGAAGGCGUCCGGAUUGAAGCUCCGCUCCCCUCGGAUCCCGAAUCGGUUCUAAACGGAGGAUUUGGGAGCUGGAGUCCGAGGUCAGAGACUUGAACGUGUACAUCACCUUCCUGAGACCCCCAGUUCAGAUGGGCAAACUUCUCAGGCAUCAGGAUACACCCCAGGGCUGGGCUGUUUGCUUUUGUUGUUGUUUUGUAAACUCAGACCACCCCUCGCAAGCCCCUUCCUUCCUCCGUUGCUCAAAGGCCCUUUGCUAAGUGUUCUGAUUUUGGUAGAAUAAAAGCAAGGGAUACAGAC